AUGGUGUGUCCACGCUGGUUGCUCAUCAUGGUAUUCAUGUGCAGGCCCGGGUUUGGGUCAUUGUGCUGCGACUUCAGAGACAUGGACAAAAUACUGGACUGUCUUCAUCUCUGCACGUCUGUGACCUGGUCUGAAAGCGCUGGUCUCAGUGAAUCUGCUCAGCAAAGAUACAAUGAUGAUGACAAUCUCUUACUCAGCAUCAUUCUGUCCACCCUGACCUCUGAAGACAGAACCUCGGAGUUUGACCCGACUGCCCACAGGGACGAGCGCCGUUCUUAUUCUAUGGAGCACUUCCGCUGGGGGAAGCCUCCUGGCCGUAAACGCAGACCCGUUAAAGUCUUCGUAUCUCCCCUGGAGGGGGGGCUCGUCCCUGACUUAGCCGACCUCCCACUUCGGGCUCGCAGGCACCUGAGAAGGAGCAAGGCCAAAGGGAAGGGGGGCGUUCUGAAAGCAGGCCAUCAAAGUCAGAGUUGGUUGAGGCCCAGAGGCAGACCGUCGGAUCUGCCGGAAAAGAAAUAUGGGACCUACAGGAUGAGUCACUUCAGGUGGGGGAGCCCCCCAGCAACAAAGAGAAAUGGCCGCUUUUUGAAGCUGAGGGAGGAGAACCAGCUGGCCCAGUUCCUCCAGAACAUUUUGAUGAAGGAUGUGUAG